GCAGUAAGAAAUGUCCAAAAUAGACGAAGCAGAUUUUGGAAAUUCUGAGUUAAGAAUCCGUCCAAUGAAUCAAAGUGACUGCACAUCACUAUCUGAUCUCACAGCUCAAUUGGCAGAAUUUGAGAAGAUGGGUCACUUGAACCACAUGACUCCCCAGCGAGUAUUCAAUGACAAAUAUGUUCGGUGCCCGUCCCUGUUUGAAGCACUGAUAGCAGAAGUGAAAUCGAGCGAAGAUUUUGACUGGGUCGUUGUUGGUUCAGCUAUUUAUAUAGUCGGGUUUUCGCUCAGGUGGGGAAAAUACACUUACCUGGAGGACCUGUUCGUCAGGAGCGAUUAUCGAAACAAGGGCAUCGGAACCAAGCUGUUCACGUCUGUAAUUCAGAAGUCACGUGACGAACAUGGUAGUAGAUCUAUGCACUGGGCGGUGGUUAACUGGAACGAAAAAGCAAAGAAGUUUUACCGACAGUUUGGAGGCGACGAGUGCAAAGGAAGCAUUCGGUUCAGAUUUGACGAAAAUCAUAAGUUUUUACAAACAUCGAACUAGAGAAAUUGUUUUUGAUUUUAUAGACUCCGGGUACUGCUUAUGAUGCAUAAAUGGAGAUGAUUUAUAGGCAUUGUUGAUAUUAGAAAAGAAUUUAAUGGAAUAAUUUUG